CGUGUACAUAUGCAGCACAUCGGGCCUUGUUCAUGGAGAUGGAGGCCUCACACAGUCAGGUGGUCAGCGGGUUGGUCGGCGGCAGCGGCGCCGGUGGACCAGUCAUGACCGACAUCAGCACACCAGAGGCUUAAUGAUGGAAACAUUGAGAACGUAUGCUGGCCAAGGCUUCAAAUGUGGGUAUUGCGGGUGCACAAACAGAGGUGGAGGUGCAACUCGGCUAAGGGACCAUCUGGGAUGUAUUGUGGGUGAGGUGAAGUCAUGCAACUCUGUGCCCAGAGUUGUGAGGGAUGCAAUGAGGGCAUUACGGAAGGCGGCGAUGGAGAAUAAAAGGGAAAAAGAACAACGUAAACUCAGGUUGGAGAGAGAUCUUCUGCAAGGGGUGCACGGUGAUGAUGGUGUGAUUGAUCUUGCAAGUGAUGAAGAAGAUCAAGCCCGCAUGGAAAUCAGGAACAAAUUGAGAGAGAAGAACUUUUCUUGUGCAGUAGAGAGAAGGGGUGGUAAUGCCAAUCUUGUUCGUGUUUCUGUUGGCAAAAGGAGUGUCACUGCAUAUUUUGACAAGGAUUUAGCACGCAGCAAAGCAUCUGUGCAGCCAAGGAUUGACACUACACUUUUAGAUGGAUCUAGAGAGAAGCUUGGACAAGCUUGGGCGAAGUGGUUCCAUGCAAAUGAUAUUCCUGGGUAUCACUAAAGGAGACAAAAUCCAUCGCCGCCACCUGAAGGAUGAACCGCGGCAGAUUUUUCGCGGAGCGUGUUGGUUUGAAACAAUCUCGGAUCGUUUGACCAUUGCUGGACUGUUUCAUGCGGGGCCUUCGUCCGUGAUCCACGAGAGGAAUCGGUGGACUGUUUCGUGUACAGACCAAUUUAUCACCAGAGCUCUUCACCACUUCACUGCAUGUAUAUGCAUGCACAAGUAGUCAAAAAUGAUGAUGUCAUCCACAUGCAUGCAAAUUUAAAAUUUAAAAAAACUAUAAUUAUUAAACUGAGUA